UGUCGCCAUAAUCCUUGGAGUAGAGUGGAGGAGUGGAGUAGAGAAUCCGUCCGUCUGUCAGAAGGAUGUAACUCCAAAGCUAUUCCAGUAUUUUCAGCAUUCCAGCCGCUAAUGCGACUGGCUUGGGAAACCUGACUUAUUGGUAAUUCAGUAAAUACAUAACGCCGGGUGGCGAGGAAUUGUCAGGUGGCAGAAAGAUGCCGGCGAUAUUAGUCGGACCACCGCAACGCAAUGAACAAAUGUGGCAGGCGCUAAAGACUCACAUUAUGAGAGAACGACAACGAAAGAAACAAGAACAAGAGGCUGACGCCGAGGAAGAACGCUUACGCAAGGAGAGAGAGCGCCAGCAGAAGCAAGACGUGAUGACGCUAGGUGAAACGCGAGAACAAAUCUCAAAUUUAGAUAAUGAACUGUCUCAAUUGAAAGCAGAGAAGCAUCAGUUGUUCCUGCAAUUGAAGAAGGUUCUAAACGAGGACGACAGAAGGCGACAACUCAUAAAAGAAACCAGCGUUUGCUCGGAAGUUUCAACGACAGUGGGAGGAUAUCCCGCAACAGGUCCCAGAGUGGUACACCCACAGUUGUUUCUACCAUUACCACGUAGCAACAGUCCUCUCUACAAGGUUGCUGUCGGCACACCGACACAUCUGUUACAGGGUGGAACUUUGAAGAGGACCCACACUCCAUCACCGCCACCCACUGCAUCUCCAUAUCACACGUAUGGUUACAAACCACCACCGUCUAUCCCAAGUUAUAAUCCACCUCCUCCUAAAUCUGAGGAAGCUGCCAGAAGAUCCGGUGAUGCUCGAGCAGUUCUUUGGAAUAAGAAUAAUCAGUACUCCGCAUCGAAUUUUUAUUCGGCGCCUUCAGGCCAGAGUGUUUACAGUUACUCCGCACCUGUGUCACAACCAUCUCGAGAGUCCUCAGAAUCAGCUAAACCCGUUUAUCUUUCGGGCGGUAGAGCCCCAUUAGCCACACAUCAGACUGCAUACGUAACUAACUUACACUCGAUGGAGCACAAAAGUUACGGCGACGACAAGUUCUACUUGCGACCAACAAAUCACGUUACUGUCCACGGUGGAGCUAUCCCGAUUCAACAACCACCUCAGGGUGCGAAAACAGGUGGGAUUACUUCGGGUUAUCCUGUACGAGCACCUCAACCACCACCUAGCUCAUAUCCACCACCACCGCCACCAUCUCCUGGUACGUAUGUGAGCGGUUCAGCUGCCAAUGUACCUGGUAGGCUACUGUACACGCAACCUGGAGCUCGCUACCUUCAACGAGAAAUAUAGGAUUGUAUGUUUUAAUGAAAGAUUUUAAUUUUUAACUUUUUUUCGUU